GGAGAAUGGUAGACCUGCUGCACUUGGAACUUGCAGCUCGGGUAGGAUACGCUGCACUGCUCGAGUACAAUCACACCCCGCUGUCCCGGAUCUCGACAAUCCGGAUACUUCGCUGUCCCGUAUGAAUCACUGUGAGCUCUGAAUUUUUUUUCACUAGAACCUCACCCGCCGUCCCGGAUCCCUCGCUGUACCGGACAAGUUCUUCGGAUUUUGGCCGUCCGGGAUAGCGAGGUGCGACUGUACUCGUACUCGAACAUCCACUGGGGCCUGAAUCCCUCAUGGAAAUCUGGGGAAAAGCUGCGUUCCAUCGUGGGGUAUAUCAUCUCGUAAUUCUGUGACGUUCGUGAGACGGGCUGCUAUUGCAUACCGCCAAAGGUUGGACCGAGCCUCAGAAUCCCCACGGUACGCAGUAGCAGCCCUUUUCACGAACGCCGCGACAUUGCGAGUGUCAUACCCAGCCCGUUCAUUACCCCAUGAUCGAUGGUACUUUAUAAAUUGUAUCAUUAAAUUUUCUUCUUCCUCCCUAGACGUGCGGUUAAAGUGUAGUCAAUAACCUGCGACUUCAACCGGCUGCCUCACUUCCCUCCCUCUCUCUGGGGAUGACCCCUAGAUAUACAAAUAAACCACAAUAGGCGGCAUGAUAUCAUAUCACCUCAAUGAUUUCAUGAUUCUCCUAUGACGCCUCCAAGAUAGGUCUCUAGCUCUUGGUGAACGUGUUGAAAAAGGCUCCCAAAGCUGGGUUCGGUCGGGACUGCACAAUUACCUGGGAGAAUGUUAAUGAAUGGUUAAUUCGGGUUAAUCUGGAAAAUAAUCCCUGUCUUUCACAAAAAAAAAAAACAAUUCUUCACGUCUGUAACUAAUUGUACUGGUACUUGUACUAUGAUAGUACUCGUAACUAACCAGCCGUUACCGGCUGUGUUGAAGGAGUAUCUGCCGGUGAGUGCCAAAGCUGGUCACUCUUCAUGCAAAUUGAGGCUCAAACGAUUAGCUGGGAACAUUAUGAUAUACUUUGGGUCGUGUUCCGGAAUUUAAGCGUUCCCAACCUCCGGAGCAGGGAAGGGAGGGUACCGGCAUUCAUUCCCUCGGACUAUCGAUACAAUUUUAGACUUUUCUCUCCCUUUCUUUUCUUUUUCCUUUCCCUCUUCUCCUCCAGCUUGUGUUCCAUCUCCUGGCCUCAGACUCAAUUACAGCGUACCGGCAUUUUACAGUACUGUAUCUCUUGUUUGGCUAAUCUGGCGGCACGGCUCGCUAUCCACACCCGAUAACAAGAUUGGCAAAGGGGGGAAAAAUCAGCUAGGAAAAUGCAAUGCGAGACUCUUCCGACUUCCUCCCUGGCACCCUUCAUUCGACUCAACAAUAUCUCUCUAAACGGUAUCGAGACCGCCCGCAUUGGGGGCCAGCCAAUUGAUGCUGGGAUUGGGAUUAAGCAUACUCCCACCACCUAUGAUCCUUCCCGCCCAUUCCUGAAGAUCGGCGCAGACCUUGUUGUCUGUGCUAAGACUGUGGAGGAGUAUGCCAAAGCUGAUGUCCAUCUAGCUGAAGCGUUGGCCGCUGCCGGGGAGUUUACCUUGGCCCCUAGGGGCGCCAUAAUGGUAUUUUUGGUUGUGAGUAUGAGUACCGCUGCUGGAUUGGGAAUUGGUCAGAGUGGGCCUUGGAGCGAGUAAGUCAACUUUUACUCACCCAUUCACGGAGGAUGGCAUUGACAAAUGAGAGACUAGAUAUAUCAAGUUUCUUCCGGCCGUGUCGAUACCCACGACUUGGACUGAGACCGAGCGGAAGCUCCUGCAUGGGACGUCAUUAGAAGUGGUAUGGAUCCGCGCUAAUCAUUAAACUCCAAAAAGGGUUUUCUCUUAUAUUGAACCGGGAUUAUUGACUAAUAUUUGGAGUUGAUUACUUCCAUUAAAAUCCGAAGGCGGUGACAGCAAAGCUUCGAGCCCUUGAACAAGAAUUCGAAGACUUUCGAGAGGCCACGAAGGAGAUCAAAUGGUGCCGAAAGGCCUGGUGGGAUGAGUCGAAGCUGACCCUAAGAGAAUGGCAAACAGUAGACUCGUGGUUCAGAUCUAGAGUUUUGCAAUUCCCAGGAUUAGGAAUUGGGAUGGUGCCUGUUUUGGACUUUGCAAACCACAGUUAUGAGGCAAGCUCUUACUAUAGUGUCGAUGAGGAUUCUGAUGUGGUCCUACUUCCGCGGGAGGCCAAGUCCGGUACUUUGACUGACGGGGAAGAAAUCACAAUCAAGUACGUCGGAUGAUGGUUGCUAUUGACUUUGAUUUCUCAGGGCGGAUUGCUGACCACGGGCAUCCUGUUUUUGUUUCUUUACUUUCAGUUACGGUCGAGAGAAGAGUGCCGCAGAAAUGGUGUUUUCCUACGGGUUUUUGGAAUCAACCAGGGACACGGCCUUAUGGCUUGUAUUAGACCUCCAGGGUCUCCCGGAUGAUCCGUUGGGGUUUGCUAAACAAGCAAUUGUCAAAUCAGCCCCAACGUUGGGGAUAUAUGACAUGGGGCAUACCGUAGAAUGGACAAGUCAUUUUAUAUGGUUUGUUAUUCAUGAAAUAUGUGUCGAUUUUGGCUUGUUUACUGUUAUUAGACUAUGUCUAACCUCUGAACAGGCUAAUGUGCAUUAAUGAGGAGGAUGGACUAUCGUUUAGACUCCUACAAGAGACAACCGGGGAGCGGCAUCUUCAGGUGCUUUGGGACCUGAAGGAUGUUGAAGAUAUCACCAAGCUUGUGGAUCUUCUGGAAGAGAGCAGUUUAUGGCCGGUUUACCAGCUGCGAGCUACAGCGCUCGUUAAAGAUCGUGUGGAGACUCAGUUGGCCCAACUAAUGGGUUCUGAGGAAGAGAUAGUCUGGAUCACUGACCAAGAAUCGUUCAAUAUUGGGUCCCAAGAGCUUCAUGUUGCAACCAAGCUUCGAACAUUAGAAAGGGCGUUGUUGGAGAAGGCCGUCGAGGUGCUUGAGGUACAGGUAUUUCUACCCCCAAAGUCUAUGUACCCAUUCCCCCGCUCAAUCAUCCCCACACAUACCUAAGCCGCUAAUAUAUUGAUGAGCGGAACAGAAAGAGAAAUUGCUAGGCUCAGAGGUGGUACAGAACUAUCUGAUGCAGGCCCAGGGUAGCUCCGAAAUCUCCGGUGAUGAUCCUGAAGCCCCCAGCGAUGAAGAUGACCUUUCAUGAGGGAUUACCGUAGGGCACGAUGAGAGGUAUCGCGACCACAUACCGGUGGAUAUGUAAGGCUUUUCUGUUAAGUAUUGUAAGGAUCACGGAGUGGACAUUUCAGCACCGCCGUUAUGAUGCCCGGCGAUAUGCACAUUGGUCCUAACGGAUGCAAGAUAUCAUCGCUCACAAAGGCUGUCGGUCAGCAGUGAUGUAAGUCGUGUUAUUGGAUAGGGCAGAGACCGGGACGAGAAUCCAAAAUUAUUGUUCAUCCGAGGUUGAUGAGCUUCACGUUUUUGCAAGGAACACUUCGAUCGGAACUGUGAUCUAGGCGAUUUCCCCCCUCCUUCCGGGGUCGGCAAAUCCCGUCCUCAUCCCCAAGAAACGGCUGAAAAGAAUAGUUUCACGGGCACAUGUCUUAGCAAUAGCCUAGGCAAGGUAUCGUUAGAAACCAGACAAAUGCCACCCCCGUCGAUUUCUUAUGGAGGAUGCCUCCGAACGUCCCACAUUUCCUUUUCAGUUCCUUUUUGAUGGAUUAUCAUUUCAUUGCCACUCGACUCUUGGGCGCGCAUAAUAGGAAGGUUUUGUCAGGACAGAGACAGAAAGGGUCUUUCCGGUACUGGAGAGCAGCAAAGACUCUGAAAGUCACUCCCAGAUUUCAGCGGAAAUCAGCCCGUGAGCCUACGAUAGGUUUAGUUUGGCAGAUCACGGGAAUUUCGGGUACCGGUUAAUGGGAUCUAACACAUCCGGUAUGCUAAUCUUAUCGUGUCAAAAAACCAUUAAUCUUUCCAGGAGAUUUUGUCUCUGAAUCCUCAGACUACUCAUACGGAGUUGGCGGAAAUAGUGGAUCUCGGGUGUUUUUACAGUAAAUUAUCGCUUGGACGCUGAGACACUUCAGCCCAGUUUAAAGUGUUGAGUACCAGCCCAUUUGAGUGAUCGUGAGAGGAAAAGCUCUGUUGUUCGAAAGAGAGAGUGCUCGGAAUCCCCCAAAACCAGCCCUGCUCAGUAUAGCUAUGAUAGAAACGAGCAAGUCCGCGUAUAUUUACUCCCGAUUACUCAAAUAGGCUAGUGCUCAGCAUAUCAAGCUAAGCUGAAGUGUCUCAGUAGCGGAAGGGAUACCUCAACUUCGUGAUCUCUCAAUUUCGGACUUCCAAGUAUUCUAUCCUUCCUCUUUGAUCCUCUUGGAUUCCUUGUGCUUUCAAAAGGCAAUGGAUCAUGUCAUAUCUCUCGGGCCACACACCACGCACACUUUUUUUUCCUUUUUCUUCUCUUUCCUGGUCUCUUUCUACACGUUGCUUUUUUUCUAGCCUUUUUUUUAUCUCAUCUGGUCCAGUGUGUCCCGUCCUUGCUUGCUUGCUGGCAG